ACGUCAAAGAGUGGGUAGCGGAAAACCCCGGAAAUCCACGUUCGAGAAUCAAAAUGGAGAAACCAUUUGGCGAAAAGACUCUCGCCAAAUGUACGAAUGAAGAGAGAAGAAAGAAUUGACCAUAAAAACCAUUAGAAAAACUUGGCUUUCUCCAUGAAUCAGCGUUACCAUUACGUCCUUAUCCUCUCUUUUCUCCUGUCUCUUCCGAUUUCUUCUUCAUAGGAAACAAAAACCAAAGCCAAAGGUUAUAUACCUUUCAGAAUUUUCUACAUUCAGCGUUUCUCUUCAAGCCUGUUUCCAUUUUCUUUGGACUCUGUUUUUUAUUGGGGUUUUUCUCCUUUUUUUUUUUGUUUUUUGGGAAAUUAGAGAUGAAGAAACAGAGAGAUGUUAGAUGACAUGAAGGAUGAUGGAGCAAGUGCCAGGGGCGUUGGGAACAAGCGCUAGCUUGGCUCUUCGUUUGGGACAAACCAUUUUCUGCUCUGCGUCACUUCUCUUCAUGUGUUUGGAUGUUGAAUUCUAUAGCUACACUUCUUUCAGCUACUUGGUGACAGUCAUGGGUUUAGUAACUCCAUGGAGCAUGUCAUUAGCAUUGAUUGAUGCAUAUUCCGUGUUUAUUAAUUGCUUACCACGACAACCAAGGGUUCUGCUGAUCGUCGUCGUGGGAGACUGGACCUUGUCAUUUCUCUCGCUGGCUGCGGCCUGCUCAAGUGCUAGUGUUGCAAGUCUCUUGGUCAAUGCUGGCAACUCAUAUUGCCCAACAAAGUUAUGUAGUAGAUAUCAGUUGUCUGCGGCUAUGGCUUUCUUGUCCUGGUUCCUUUCCUUUGCUUCAACUCUCUUCAAUCUUUGGCUCCUUCCUUCUUUGUAGCGUCUCAGCUACUUCCAACCCAUUUUUCAUACACAAAAACUUAGUAGGCAAAUCUUGACAGUUUGAUACUCAAAUUAAGAUUGUACAAUGACAGUAUUAUAUACAAACAACAAAAUCUUCAAGGAUCAAAUUGAAUUUCAAUGAUUUUGAAUCAAGUUUAGUUGCCAAUUCAGGCUUUAUUGGCCUACCAUUAUCUGAGUAAUACAAUUUCAAACAGCUACCACCGAGACCAUAUUCCAAUAUUAGCCCAUAAGAGGAUGAGAAUUGAGCAACAUUAAGGACUGCAUCCAUUGGGCCUAAUCAAGCCCAAAGUUAUGUCUCUUUUAGGAAAUUGUCUGCUUUUUCCUUUUAAAAACAUAAGAACAUGGAGCUUCCUGAAACAGAGAUGAUAAGAACAAGGAAAAACAUGAAUCAGAGUGAAAUUCCUUCCUUUUUUUUUUUUUGUUGCUGCUUUUAAACUUUGUUCAAUUGAUGUGUUAAUGCACUGUUUUUAAGCAGUAUACAUGAACCCUAGUAUUUAAUAUAUGGUCCAAAACAGAUUUGAUUUGCUUUGGACAUAAAUGUGACAGCCAUGGAAACUUCCACUUGAAGGCAAUCCAAUUUAUAUACUUAUAAGUACCAAUUUAGAAUACUGUUUUCUUCAUUGCAAAGUUUAUAUUAUUUUUUAGAUGAUUGUGAGUAUCACAAUUAAUUUAGACCAAGAUAUCAAGCAAAACAUAUGAAUCUAAAACAUAAAACAAAAAAG